AUUCUUUUAUAUCGCUCUUUAUGAUGGUGCUCGCAUUUUUGAUAACGACAGUUAUUGGAAAAGAAUGUCGAAUUCUGUAUAGGGAAUCUUUCACAGCAGAUCAAUCUAUGUUUCAAUUAGAGGAAGAUAAAAACAUUUAUACUCAAAAACUUGAAAGCUUAAGUGAUGCCGAAACAAGAAGUAUAAGAGACAAAUUCUUUGAAAAGAUUGCUGAAAAAGCCAAGAAAGAAGUGGGAAAUUGCGAUGUUAAGACUUACGAAAAAGACUUAAAUAAUCUUACAUCUGAUGGAAUUGUCCCUACAACCCAAAUGGGUUAUUUUAGUAUAAGAACUCGUCGUUCGAAACCAAUUAUCCUUUGGAAUUCAGCUAUAAAUACUACACUUUUAUUCGUACUACAUCCAGAUGAGAAUAGAAUAUUAGCGGAAAACAAUAUGAAAAUAAUGAUAAAGUAUAUGCAAGAUUAUUGCAAUAUUUUUAGUCAGCCAUCAAAUGCUCUGUUGAAGCCCGAUAGAAUUAAAUCAAUUUUAGAUGUUUUCUUACCCAACGGAUUGUUAUUAUUCAUGAAUCACGCGCUAAUUAAGCAAUUAAAGACAAAAAUUGAAAUUUCCAUGGCAUCAUAA